AGUGUGUAAGUAAAAAAAUCCUUUUGUGAUCGUUGUGAUUCCCACCCUCCGUACCCAUAAGAUAAAUUAUAUUGUUAAAUAUUUUUUUAUUUUAUUUAUUAUAACAUAAAUUUAUAUUUUUUUAUCAAAUAUAUAAACGCAAAAUGGCUUCGGCAAAAGUUGACUGGGGUGCAGUUACUAAAGAACAGGAUCAACUUCAAUUAAACGUUACGAAUUUAAGUUUGAAUACCGAAAGCAAACGCGAUGAUUCAAAAGAAAAGGACAAGGAUGAUGGUGCUGAUGGGCCAAUGUCCCCAGCUGAAAAAUCGCUUUUGCAAAAAAUAAUUCACAAAGGUCUUGUUGAAUCAACUAAAGAUUUGGAAAUUCAGCGGAAAGAUCCGUCGUCACCAUUGUACAGUGUCAAAUCCUUUGAAGCUCUUCAUUUAAAACCAGAGCUUUUGAAAGGUGUCUAUGCAAUGGGAUUCAACGCGCCUUCAAAAAUUCAAGAGACCGCUUUACCGACUCUUCUUGCUGAUCCACCACAGAAUAUGAUUGCACAGUCGCAGUCAGGUACUGGAAAAACAGCAGCCUUUGUCUUGGCGAUGUUAAGCCGCGUUGAUGUCAACAAAAACUAUCCUCAAGUUCUUUGUCUCUCCCCUACAUACGAAUUAGCGAUUCAAACUGGUGAGGUUGCCGCGAAAAUGUCACAGUUCUGUCCAGAGAUUAAAAUAAAAUAUGCUGUCCGUGGUGAAGAAGUACCACGUAAUACUAAAAUAUCAGACCACAUCAUCAUUGGUACUCCAGGAAAAGUUUUGGAUUGGUCUCUAAAGUUCCGGUUCUUCGACUUGAGUAAAAUUUCUGUUUUUGUUCUUGACGAAGCCGAUGUCAUGAUUGCUACUCAAGGACAUCAAGACCAAUGUAUCCGUAUUCACAAAAUGCUUCCAAAGUCAUCCUGCCAGAUGAUGUUUUUCUCAGCAACUUACGAACCCGAGGUUAUGGAAUUCGCUGAAAUAAUAGUCAGUAAUCCUCUGAUAAUUCGAUUAAUGAGAGAAGAAGAGAGUUUGGAUAACAUCAAGCAGUACUAUGUUAAAUGUAGAAGCGUUGACGAGAAAUAUGUUGCUAUAACAAAUAUCUAUUCUGUCAUCAGUAUUGGACAGGCGAUAAUAUUUUGUCAUACUAGAAAAACCGCUGGUUGGCUGGCAGAAAAAAUGACCAAAGACGGGCACAGAGUUGGUAUACUGUCUGGUGAUUUGACCGUUGAACAGAGAAUCGCGGUCUUGGAUCGAUUCAGAGCCGGAUUAGAAAAAGUUUUGAUUACAACUAAUGUCUUGGCCAGAGGUAUUGACGUUGCUCAAGUGACGAUUGUCGUAAACUUCGAUCUUCCUAUGGACCAAAAUCGUAAAGCCGAUUGUGAAACUUACCUGCACCGAAUCGGGCGAACUGGAAGAUUUGGCAAAUCGGGAAUCGCCAUUAAUUUGGUCGAUUCUCCCGAGUCUGAAAGUAUUUGCCAGGAAAUUGAAAAGCAUUUCAAUAAAAAGAUUCAUUAUCUAGACGCUGAGGAUCCUGAUGAGAUUGAAAAAAUUGGAACCUCUUAAAAAUAAUAUUUCAUUUAGCUUAAGCUUUUGUAAUACACGCGUUAAACAUUUAUAAUAAAAAAUAUAAUUAUAAUUAA